AUGUGUAAUGUCGUUAUAAAUCAUCUUGGCGACAUGCUGUGGGUGCCGCCGGCAAUCUACAAGAGUUCUUGUAUAAUAGAUAAUGUGGAAUUCUUCCCGUUCGACGAGCAGGUAUGUACGUUGGUGUUUUCGGAUCGUGGACGGUGGUAUAACGAGAAUGAGAUCAAACUUGAGUUUGAACAAGCUGAAUGGGUGGACUUGUCCGAGUAUGCACCAUCCUCCAUUUGGGAUGUAAUGGAUGCUCCCGCAUCGUUGGUGAACAAGCGGAGCAGGAUCGAAUUCCAAAAGAAAAACACUUUUCUACACGGUUGUGCUCAUCAUCCCUACUGUACUGAUGGCCUUUCUCAGUAUGGCAGUAUUCUUUCUGCCAACGGAUUCUGGCGAAAAGAUGACGCUCACAAUUUCCGUGUUGCUCUCCAUCGUUGUUUUCCUGCUGCUGGUCUCGAAAAUCCUUCCACCGACAUCCAGCACUAUACCGCUUAUGGCAAAGUAUCUGCUGCUCACGUUCGUGCUCAACGUCAUUACCAUCUUAGUUACCGUAAUUAUCAUUAA